UUGCUCAUCACCGUAACUGAUCCAUUUAAAAAGAAAAGUAAACAAAACGAAACCUGUAAAACAGCCUAUUUUAGUGACAUUUGAGAUAAAAAUUUCUUGAGAUAGAAUUGCAUUAUUUGAAAUCACUCUCGAAAAAUAAUUAAAUUUUUAAUCUUCAAUUAAGAGUACCGAUAAUUCACGUACAAUUCUUUAAUGCUUCUCUGUCGUGCCAGUUUUCGUAUCAUCUGUUUCAGGAAGAAAUGUUCUCAGAUUCGAAGUUUGCGAUUAAGAAAUGAAAGCUUUUUGCCGUGGGGAUGGAUUCAAAACUCAAUUUCAAUUGGUAGAUUUCCUUUGCAUAAUGUAUUUCGAAAUGUACACGGCUCUCGGCCGAUCUCCUCGCAUGCCAGCCGCACAUUUAUGCCGGCGGAUGAAUUUAAAGUCACGAACAAAGAUGGAAAGACCAAAACUAAAAAUGGAAGUGUAAGCUUAAGUGAAAGUCCUGCCAUAACAGAAAAAAAUGUGGAUGAUAUAUUAUUUGAUAUGUUUAAAGAUCCUGAUGGUAAAGUUGCAGUUGGGAAAUUUCUCGCUGCUCUGUCAGCUACUGGCCUAAGAAAGAGUGAUCCUCGACUGAAGGAAAUGAUUAUGAAAUUAAGAGCAAUACACAAGGAAUUGAGAGAUAUGGGAUCUCCUGAUGCAAUAAAUUUAGAUAGGGAAAGCUUCAAAAAAGUAAUAAAAGAAAAUAUCGUCCUGAUAAGCAGAGCUUUUCGCAAUCAUUUUGUAAUUCAAGAUUUUCCUGAUUUUGUUAAGUGCAUUGAAGAUUUUUAUUGGAAAUGUAAAGUUAACACCAGUGGUAAGGUUGCUUCAUACAUUCCUCAGCUUGCUAAAUACAAUCCUGAUUAUUGGGGAGUCACAAUAUGCACAGUGGAUGGACAAAGGUGUUCCAUAGGUGACACUGAGAUCCCCUUCACCAUCCAGUCAUCAGGGAAGCCAAUGAAUUAUGCCAUCGCCCUGAGUGAGCUUGGAUCUGAUAUUGUUCAUCAGUAUGUGGGUCAGGAGCCCAGUGGAAGGAUGUUUAAUGAGCUUGUUUUAGAUUAUAACAAAAAACCUCACAAUCCAAUGGUUAAUGCGGGUGCUAUUGUUGUUUGUUCUCUUCUUUUAUACAUUGUUGAGCCUGAAAUGAGAGUAUCAGAAAAAUUUGAUUGGAUUUGUCAAUAUUACAAGGCCAUGGCUGGUGGAGAAUACCUUGGAUUUAAUAAUGCCACAUUCCUUUCCGAGCGUGAAGCUGCUGACAGAAACUAUUCAAUAGGCUUUUACAUGAAAGAGAAUAAGUGCUAUCCUGAAAAGGCAAAUUUGAAAGAUAUUAUGGAUUUUUAUUUCCAAAUGUGUUCUUUGGAAGUGAAUUGUGAGACAGUUGGUGUGAUGGCUGCCACUUUGGCCAAUGGUGGGAUUUGCCCAAUUACUGGGCAGCAAGUUAUUGACACCCAUUCUGUCCGUGAUGUUCUGUCUCUGAUGCAUUCUUGUGGCAUGUACGACUAUUCUGGUCAGUUUGCAUUCAAGGUGGGUCUUCCAGCUAAAUCAGGUGUUUCAGGAACGACAAUGGUUGUGGUUCCCAAUGUCAUGGGAAUCUGCCUGUGGUCGCCACCCCUAGAUUCCUAUGGAAAUUCUGUGCGUGGAGUUCAAUUCUGUGAGGAGUUGGUGAGAGUGUUCAAUUUCCAUCAUUAUGACAACCUGAGACACACAACACAGAAAAGAGAUCCCAGAAGACAGAAAUAUGAGACAAAAGGUCUGAAGAUUGUUGGGUUACUCUUUAGUGCUGCCAGUGGAGAUGUCACAGCCAUGAGAAGGCACUAUUUGUCCGGAAUGGACAUGGGUCAGAGUGACUAUGAUGGACGGACAGCCCUCCACUUGGCUGCUUCUGAGGGACACCUGGAAUGUGUUGAAUUCCUACUAAAAGUGUGUGGGGUCGACCACAAACCCCAGGACAGAUGGGGACACACCCCUCUGGAUGAAGCUUAUGCUUUCGGACAUUCAGAAGUAGCCGAAUUCCUGGAAAAAUGGGAAUCCAUGCGGGACGAAGACAUAAACAAACUUCAGAACGCAGAAAAACAGAAGACCCGCCGUAAGCUGGAAGAUCCAUCCUCGACCAUCGAUGAGAAAAUUUUCGAGUGAUUUUUCUUCAUUGUUGUGAUAUUAUACAUAGAUUUCAGAUUUAAAAAAUGCAUCUAUUUAGUGCCUGUGAUGAGUAUAAAGACUUUGUUGGUGAUAAAUUGUAUUGAAAAACAAAAAAUUAGAAUGGUGUUUACACUAUGUCCAAACUUUCUUAGAUAUUGUCCCGUGAGUCGAGAAGUCUUAAUUUAUUUUUUAGCAGUUAUGUGAAAAAGUUAAUAAUUUGUUCUCAUUAAAAGUAGGCAAAGUCUCAUAACCAAGACUAGAAUAUUGAUAACUAAUGCCCAGAUUUUGAUGACCUAAAAUAUCACUAAAAGUGUCCUUAAAAAAUUGCAAAAAAUGCCUUUAAAAUGAAGAAGGAAAAAAAGCCUUGUAAGUAAACAAGAAUUUUAAUCUAAAGCCCCAUUUCUAUCCUGAAACUUCAUAUAUAUAUAUUGUAUAUACACACAUAUAUAUAGAUUUAUAUAUAUAAUAUAAAUGCAGCAUACUCUUGAUAUCUCAAAAACUUUGUUACCAUUUUUUUUUUCGAAAUAGAAAAUAAAUUUUUCGGAUAAAUGGGAAUGUAAGUUCAUUGUUAACCAAUUUUUUUCUAUUUAAUGAAGAAUUAUUUUUGUCUUACUUUUAAAAAUAAAAUUAUAAUUGGUGUAUUUAGACUCUUAUAGCCAACUAUCAUUUAUGUUCCCUUACUCUACUUUUUAGAGUAUUAUUUAAAAUAUAUUCAGUAUUGCUAUCUGGAAAUUUUUUUAAGCGUCCCUUUAACUUUCGAGAUAUCGAGAGCAUACAGUAUUAGUAAUUGUAUUAAAACAAGUACAUUAAGGAAAAUUAAAUGGUAAUUUUCAUUAAAGUUUGGAAUUAAUGUUAAACUCAAAAUUAACAAUAGACUGAAGAAGUAAUGAAAACUGUUUUGAUACAUGUAUAUUGUUCAACUAAACUCAAAAAUAAUAAUCUGAAACUGGCAAGAUUUAGUUAAGAUUGGAAUGUUUUAAACACACUGUAUUUCUUAUACAAGCUUUAAGUCAAAUUAAGUGUUACAAUUAUUUGUGACUAGAAAUAUCAACAGAAAUUAAAAUUGGUAAAAUUUGUAAAAAUGAGCUAGUAGUUCUAAAAAUUUCAAAAUACUGUCCUAAAAUUUAAAAAAAAUGCUCUAAAUGAUCUAAAGUGUGAAAAAAUGCAAGUGUCAUCAAAAUCUGAGCUUUAUUAAUAGCAAAGAAAUUCUUAAAAAAUGUUUUUAAAAAAAACAGUUCUUUAAAAAUGAUCAAAAAUAAAAACAAUGCCUUUUGAAUUUUUG